UUUACCCUUCGUUUUCAAGAAGAAUCACCCCUAACACUGCGUACAAUAGGUGUUACAAGUACUAGUACCAUUUUUCUCAUCAGAUCUCAAGGUUUUUCGUGGCAUUUGACCAUAUUUUAUAUCUGUUCACAUGGAUCCCAAUGUUCAACCUCACAUUUCCCUUAAAAAUCGAGUACAAUAGCUAACAGCGAAAUGUAAAUUUUGGCUUAUGCUUUAGAUCCAUGUCCAACGAUGAGGAAAAUCCCAAAGCUGUUGAGCCCCGCAAGGGCUCAGAAACCCUUUCCUCUUCCACCCAAAACCCAGCAACCUGCUGCAAAGCCUUGCUCCGCCAAGCUUCAAUCUAUGGAGUUGCCUUGGGAUACUGCAUCUCUGCGUCGCUCCUUUCCAUCAUCAACAAAUGGGCAGUCAUGAGAUUCCCAUAUCCAGGAGCACUUACUGCUCUACAGUACUUCACAAGCGUCGCCGGAGUCCUCAUCGGCGGGUGGCUCAAGCUCAUAGAUCAUGGUGGUCUUCACGGCCACACGUUGUGGCGGUUCUUCCCGGCUGCAGUCUUGUUCUACAUCUCCAUCUUCACCAACAGCGAGCUCCUCCUCCACUCCAACGUUGACACGUUCAUCGUGGUAAGGUCAGCUGUCCCCAUCUUUGUUGCAGUGGGAGAGACCCUCUUCUUGCACCAGCCAUGGCCGUCGGUAAAGACUUGGCUCUCCCUUGCCACCAUCUUCGGUGGAAGUGUGCUUUAUGUGCUAACAGAUAAUCAGUUCAGUGUCAUGGCGUAUAGCUGGGGAGUGGCCUACUUGGUGAGCAUGUCCAUAGACUUCGUAUACAUAAAGCAUGUGGUUAUGAACAUAGGCUUAAAAACUUGGGGCCUUGUCCUCUACAAUAAUCUCGAGGCUCUCCUGCUGUUUCCAUUGGAGUUGCUGGUAAUGGGAGAGUGGGAGAAGCUAAGGCAUGAGGUCCAUGAAUGGAAUUGGUACUCCUUUGAGGUGGUUUUGCCAGUGGGUUUGUCAUGUUUGUUUGGUCUAUCCAUCUCUUUCUUUGGGUUUUCUUGCAGAAGGGUGAUUUCUGCAACUGGGUUUACAGUUCUUGGGACAGUGAACAAGCUGUUGACGGUGGUGAUUAAUCUGGUGGUAUGGGACAAGCAUUCUAAGUUUGUGGGGACUGUGGGGCUUUUGAUUUGUAUGAUGGGUGGGGUUAUGUAUCAGCAAUCCACAAGCAACAAAAGCCUACGGCCUGCAGCAAAAAAGUAAAGAAUCGUGCAAGACAGUAAUGAGCAACAGCAGAAGAUAAAUGCUAGCAAGAGCAGUGUAAAGGAAGUCAUGGAUGAAAUGAGUGGUGUCCCAUUUUUUUACUUUUUUUUUUUCCAAUUUUUAAUUAUUUCUUUUCUUUUUUCGGAUAUGACAGAAGUUAGGCCACAUGCAUUGAGAGGGAGAUGUCCCGGUGAUGCCAUGAACAUUUUUUCUCAGUACAAAAUGACCUUUCAAAGAAGGUUUUUUUUCCCUUAA